AUGCGCGAUAGUAAUCUAUCGUUGCGUUCGGCCCCGCUGUUUUUUUGUUUGGCUGAAAGACCAUCAUCUACGAUGCCUUGUCGGUCUGGAGCGGCUCGCAGAAGGAGAAAGAAGUUAAUGAAGUUAAGGUCUUAUAAAAGAAUGCUUGAAGCUUACACUGCCUCAACCUCUUCAGGUGAACCUCUCGAUAUCAGUAAUUUGCAAGAAGAUUCUGAGGGGCACGACUCUGAAGCUGAGCGCGAAAGGGCCUACGCUUUUCUGGAGCGAGUGAGUCAAGGCGUUGCUGACGGAAAAUACGACUUCGAAUUAUUUUUUUGCGGUGUCCUGAGCAAGAUGGUGCUUUUUGUGUUGAAGCAAGGCGCUAGCGUAAACUGGGAUCUGAUUUCAACUCUUCUUAUUCGUAAUGCAUCCAAGCGCAAUCUCUACCCCUUCCCGGCGCCGAAAGAUCCCGUCGUUCAGAGGCUGGAAAGAUCUAUUGUUCUAAUGUUUUAUACGAUUCUGUCUAAUCCUAAACGUAGGCACAUCUAUCAUUGGUAUUUAAACUAA